AUGGCGGGCUGGUUCUACAUCACAUCCGACAUCGACCCAUACCCAACGACACACAUCUCCCACACCUAUCCAGAACCUGGGCAUCACCUGCACCACAUCCCGGUUCCAUACAUGGCACACAAGGUGUACACCAAGUUCCAUGACCGAGACGAAGACGUCCAUCAACCCAAGACCGAUGUGCGCGAGACGCUGAGCAACUUCUACUUGGAAGUCGAGUUGCCCGGCGUCAAGGAGCACACGGAACUUCGUCUGCGCUGGACAUCGAACCGCACGCUGCUGCUGACGAGCAGGACUCACCGGCCCGACAUUCCGGAAGGGGAGUUGGUCGAGGAGCCUGGCCCACCACCAGCAGUCACAGCUCCCACGCCGACACCCGCUCCGCCGACGACAGGCGAGACUCCUGCUGCUGCCCCUGCUCCUACAACAGAGGCAGGGGAAGCGCCCGAGACCAAAGCGGCCGCAGAACAGGCCCCCAAGAAGCACGAGCCUCACUUGACCGUGCACGAGCGGCAGGUCGGCGAGAUGAUCAGGGCCUUCAACUUCCCCGUCGACGUCGACCGCGACCGCACGCACGCCAAGCUCGACGCUGGGCUGCUGAGGAUCGUGGUGCCCAAGAUCAUGGAGCACGGCGAGGCCCAGCACAUCCAUGUGCCCAUCCACUUCACCUCGCUCCCCAGCGUCAGCACCUGA